AUGUGCCCAACCAAUAACGAGAAGGUUGGAUUCAAAUGCUCAUCAACCCGUCCCGUCGCCAGAAUACUGACAUCGCAACAGAGAGUAUGCAAGUCCAGCGUGGAACACCUCUGCAUCCCCGGCACCAAAAUCGUCUUCGGCCCCGGCUGUAAGCGCUUCAUGUGGCAGCACGUCAUCCGCUUUCAGCUCUGCCCCAAACACACCAUCUUCAAGCGGUGGGGCGACAUCGCCCUCAAGCUGUACGCCGUCCGCCCGGAUGGCUCGUCCUGGACCGAAACCUGGGACCUCGUUAUCCGCCCCAAGAUCCAGACCGCCAUGAAUCGCUGUGCCUCGGAAGCUGUCAAACUGGGACUCGUACGCGAGGAGGAUGGUGAGCGGGUCUGGGAGAACUGGGCCAAAGGUUUCUUGUCCGAUGAGUGGGACGGCAGCACUUUCGAUGAAGACUACGCCCGCCGGUUGCUGCAGAAGGUGUCGGACGCCGAAGACGCCGAGCGGCGCGGCAGAGAGCACGACAACGAUCGUAUCACCGCCAUCAGAGAGGCUCGCGAGAAGCUUCUGGAGGAGAUCUUCUUCCUCGAAGACGUCAUCGACGACCGUCGGCGGCCAUUCGGCGCCAGGCCCCGGAGGUACCCCGGCCAGGGGCUCGUGUACAAGUAUUUUCUCGGCGGUGAUGGUCCGUCUCCCGCGAUAGAGGCGAGGGUUUUGGAGGCACAGAGACCCUAUCUUUGA